UCCAUAUUAUCGCCACGUCUGAGUACAAAAUAGCUGUGUCAUAAAAUUUACAAAUUUCACUUAUAAAACCCACCAAUCAACACCAACCACAGAGGCACAUUCAUUUGCAAGCUAUCUGUAGAAGAACUCCGUGGUAUAACAGUCGAUAUUUAAAGAUUACCUUCUGAAAAACUAACUUUUCAAGGACAAAAUGGCGGCAGAAAACGACAUUGGAGAUUGGUUUCGCGGAAUUCCGAUUAUAACUAGAUACUGGUUCUCAUUAUCAAUAAUAUUUCCUCUUCUUGGACGAAUUGGACUUAUCAAUGCUUACUAUAUGUUGUUGGACUUCGGUUUAGUUAUAUAUAAUUUUCAGAUUUGGAGACUUCUCACAUGUUUUGUAUACUAUCCCAUAUCGCCACAGACUGGCUUUCACUAUCUAAUUAACUUAUAUUUUUUAUAUUCAUAUUCCACAAGAUUGGAAUCAGGUCUAUUUGAUGGAAGGCCUGCAGACUUUUUAUUUAUGUUGCUUUUCAAUGGCCUUGUAUUGAUUAUAAUUGGUUUUGCAGCAACUUUAAGACUGCUAAUGGAUCCCCUUGUACUCAGUGUUCUGUACGUCUGGUGUCAAGUCAAUAAAGAAACAAUAGUCCAGUUUUGGUUUGGCAUGCAAUUUAAGGCCAUGUAUCUUCCCUGGGUUCUUGCUAUCUUCAACAUGAUCAUUCAAGGAGGCGGUGUUAUGGAAUUGAUUGGCAUUUUUGUCGGCCAUGUUUACUUCUUUCUCAUGUUCAAAUACCCACAAGAUUUUGGAGGAGCAAGAUUAAUUAGCACGCCAUCUUUUUUUUACAAAUACCUACCCAACCGACAAGGUGGUGUCAGUGGAUUCGGCAUUGCACCAUCAAGCAGGAGACCCAGGGAUGACGGCAAUGAUGGAGGUGGAGGAUGGGGACGAAACUGGGGCCGUGGUAGAAGAUUAGACGAAUAGAUACAGCUUUAUGAGAAACAAUAUAUGGAAAAACAUUAUAUGGAAGUUUUAUCAGAAACAGCAAACCUCAAACUGAUCUUAGAGGUCUCAUCUAUUUUCGUUUUGUAUCCAAUUCACAGAAAUAUUUAGUUUGUUACUUGAUGUUACAUACAGUAAUAUAUUUCUCUCAUUCAUUCCCUUUCAACCCUAGCCUUGUAAGCAUGGAAUUUAUUCUUCAAACUUCAGACAAGUGCUCAAAAAGGCCAGUGUAGUCAASGAUGGGCUGCAUUUACAAACUGUAAAAAAACAACGCUAAUAAAAUGGCUGUAUCAACAUAAGCUUAAUAUAAAA